AUGGCUGUAGCUACUAUUGUUCAGUGUGAGGCAAGUCGUGCAAACUCUAUUCUCUUUUCAUGCAUCAACAAUGAUCCUGGCCAAUAUGAUGUACAAUAUACAAGACUGUUCAAUUUUAUAAAAGAGAUAAAACUUGAAAAAGUUAAGAAUGAGCUUUUGGCCUUGUUAACACCAUUACUUUGUCAUCUUUAUUUGGAAAUGCUUCGAGGUGGCCAUGGAGGUGCUGCUCAAAUGUUCCUUAAAAGACACUCGGCUACAUUACCUCAGAAAGAUUUGUCUUACCAUCAACCAAUUGAUGGCAACUUGCCGUCUGCAUUAUACAGACCAAAUAGCUUAGAACAACUGUUUAAUUCUCUACAAAAUGGUACAAUUGACAAUGAAACACCAGAAAAAGAUUAUAUGAAUCAACUGCUAGAUGACAUUGGUACAGUCUAUACACUUCAGGAAAUAGAAUCAAGACCUUCAAUAGCAGCUUUUAGAUCCUGUAAAUAUGACAUUUUUUUAUCACAAGAUGCCUUAAAUAUGUUAAAAGCUUAUUUAGCAAAACAUGGUCAUGUCUUAUUAAUACAAGUUCUACAAACUUGGUUUCACAUUGAUAUUAACAGUGAUUCAAAUAAAAGAAAUAGUGAUGAUGAAGAUCAAAAUGAAGAUGUCCAUACACAUACAACAAACAAUGAUGAUAAACUAUUUGAUAAGAAUGACAUAUUUUCAAAAUGCAAUGGGCAUGCAGAAUACCAAAAUGUUGACAAAGAAUUGAGAGAACUUCAAGAAGCAAUUAAAGGUGUUAGGGAAUCAAUGGCACCACUAAAGCUAUAUAAAAUAGCUGCUCCUGACACUCACUUGGUGUGUGCAAAAACAGACUUUGCAUGUAAUAUGCUGUGUGGAGGAUUUAGCAACUCCGAAAUAAGACUAUGGGAUCUUGGACAAAAUAAUGUGAAACAAAGAGUCAACCGUAACAUAUCUGAAAUAGAAUUGGCAUGUUACAUGCCACCAGAACCUGAAACCCCUGCAGAUACUUACUUUCAGAUAGGUACAGGGUUGCCUUUACGUGGUCACUCUGGUCCAGUACAGGCUGUUAGCAUUUUGUCCAGGGAACAACUUAUUCUGUCAGCCGCACAUGAUAAUACUAUGAGAGCUUGGAGAUUAUCUGAUUAUUCAUGUGCCUCAGUAUACAGGGGUCAUAAUUAUCCAAUCUGGUGUAUGGAUGUUUCGAAAAAUGGGCUCUUUAUUGUAACUGGAUCACACGACAAAACAGCAAAAUUAUGGUCCCUUGACAGGACAUUUCCUGUAAGAGUAUUCGUAGGACACAUGUCAGAUGUGACGUGCGUCAAGUUCCAUCCGAACGAGGCUUACAUGGCGACCGGCGGCGCGGACCGCAGUGUGCGCCUCUGGACCGUGUGCGACGCGAGGUUGGUGCGCGUGCUCUGCGGGCACAGGGGCGCAGUUCGCGCCCUCGCCUUCUCCCCCUCCGGCGCCUACUUGGCGAGCGCUGGCGAUGAUAAAAAAAUUAAAGUUUGGGAUCUCGCUGCCUGCACAUGCAUACAUGAACACCGAGGUCAUCAUGGUAAAGUUACAGCGUUAGAUUGGUCUGCUGUUGGGAAAGCAAGCCUCUCAAAUAGGAUUCUCUUAGAUCCAAAUGAUGUGUCAGUAGACAAUUCAUUAUUAUGCUCAGCCGGAAUGGAUGGUAUAGUGAAGAUGGCGUGGGAUAACCAUUCAAGAAAUAAGCAGUUAUCUAGUCCAGAGAUGCAGACUUCUGUCUACAAUACCAAGUGUUCUUAUAUAGUAGAUGUUCAAGUGCAUCCAAAUUGGUUAGUUGCUAUUGGAAGUAAUAGA